AUGUGUCCCGGCGUGGAUAACGAGCCCAACGGGCAAGCGAACGGUGCUAACGGUGCUAACGGUGCCAAUGGUGGUAUGCUUCACUCUUCACACGCAUCUGCUCAGGCUCUUUUUGAGAACCUUCAACUCACACCUGCUCUAGAGCACCCCGGCUUCACGGGCAUUGAGACCCGCCAGAACCCCCACCCCUCCGCUUCUCGCAACCCGUACGGCCACAACGUCGGUGUGACCGACUACCUCAGCAAUGUCUCCCGCUUCAAGAUCAUUGAGAGCACUCUCCGUGAGGGUGAGCAAUUUGCCAACGCCUUCUUCGACACUGAGAAGAAGAUUGAGAUCGCCCGGGCCUUGGAUGACUUUGGUGUUGACUACAUUGAGCUCACGAGUCCCUGCGCUUCUGAGCAGUCUCGUGCUGAUUGCGAGGCUAUUUGCAAGCUCGGCCUGAAGGCCAAGAUCCUGACACACAUUCGCUGCCACAUGGAUGAUGCCCGUGUUGCUGUUGAGACUGGUGUUGAUGGAGUCGACGUCGUCAUCGGUACUUCUUCCUACCUUCGUGAGCACUCUCACGGCAAGGACAUGACCUACAUCAAGAACACCGCCAUUGAGGUCAUCGAGUUUGUCAAGUCCAAGGGCAUCGAGAUCCGCUUCUCUAGCGAAGACUCCUUCCGCUCCGAUCUCGUUGACUUGCUCUCCAUUUACUCCGCCGUCGACAAGGUCGGCGUGCAGCGGGUGGGUAUUGCCGACACCGUGGGCUGUGCCUCACCCCGUCAGGUCUACGAGCUUGUUCGUGUCCUGCGUGGUGUUGUCGGCUGUGACAUUGAGACUCACUUCCACAACGACACCGGAUGCGCCAUUGCCAACGCCUACUGUGCCCUCGAGGCCGGUGCGACCCACAUCGAUACCUCCGUGCUCGGUAUCGGUGAGCGUAACGGUAUCACCCCUCUUGGUGGCUUGAUGGCCCGUAUGAUGGUUGCCGAUCCCGAAUACGUCAAGAGCAAGUACAAGCUCGAGAAGAUCAAGGACAUUGAGGACCUCGUUGCCGAGGCCGUCCAGGUCAACAUUCCCUUCAACAACUACAUCACCGGUUUCUGUGCCUUCACCCACAAGGCCGGUAUCCACGCCAAGGCCAUCCUCAACAACCCCAGCACUUACGAGAUCAUCAACCCUGCCGACUUCGGCAUGACCCGUUACGUCCACUUCGCCUCCCGCCUGACCGGCUGGAAUGCCAUCAAGUCUCGUUGCCAACAGCUCAAGAUCAACCUGACUGACGAUCAGUGCAAGGAGUGCACUGCCAAGAUCAAGGCUUUGGCCGACAUUCGUCCCAUCGCUGUCGAUGAUGCCGACUCGAUCAUCCGCGCCUAUGCCCGUAACCUCAAGCUGGGUGAGGAUAAGCCCUUGAUGGACCUGACUGCUGAGGAGCAGGCCCAAUUCAAGGCCAAGGAGAAGGAGAUUGCUCUUGAGGCCCAAGAGAAUGGCGUUCCCGUUUAG